ACAAGACAACACCCGAGGAGAACAAAACCCAGAGCCUCGGUCUGUCUGUCUGCAGGAAAAAUGAAAGAGUGAAACAGCAUAAUGUAAGCUUUUAGUGUUCGUAUGUCAUGACCGGCCGUGAAGGAGACGACGCUGUCUGCGAUUUGGUCCCAAGAUGAGCGGCAAGAGAGAGAGGGAGCAGAGGAGGAAGCUGCAGCACUUUCUAAGUGACCUGGCUCUACUUGGAUCACUACAGGGAUUUAAAUACUUCCAGCCUUGGCUAAGAGGGAAAGAGGAGUUGCUGCUGACGGUCGUUAAUGAGGAUCUGGGGUGGCGUUCCCCAGGUUUUGUGGUCUCCAGGGCCUCCACCUUCUCCUCCACCAGCAGCUGUAACAGCAGCAAUGUGUCCCCCAGCAGCAGCUCACCCAGCGUGGACAGCCGGAGUAGCUCACCCCUACCCGGGGAGCCUCCGGGCCCAAAAGACCCCGAGUUGCACACGCACACCAAGACGCAGCCACAGCCCACCAGGGACUCCAGCAGCAAGGAGCACCUUCUCCCAGCCUCCCCCAGCGAAAGAGAGAUAGCAGUGCCUGAGGUGAACUGCACUCUGUUUUUACUGGCCGGCUACGUCAAGUACGGACGGCCCUACGCCUGGAUACGCUCCAAUCACGAGCGCCUGGUUAACAUCGGAGGCACCGAUUCGAUGGUCAAAGACACGCCCAUGAAACUCAAGUCCAUCGCCGACUGGCAGACACGAGGUAUUCGUAUAUGGGACAUCGUGAGUGAGCUGGUGUGCCUGUGCACUGUUCCCUCUCCCUCCAACCCUUUCGCCCUGGACAUGCGUUACAUCAAAAGCCUUCCACUCACUGACUGCUUCCUCGUCACAGGCGCCCUCCUCAACUUCCUGGAGAUGUAUGUUGUCUACGGGAACCGGGACGAGUUGCACUAUGACAAAGUGGUAGAUGAGGUGAAGCCUCUGAGGCGUCUUCAUGUCAAGUCCCUGCUGGAGCUACAGCGACACAGAGAGAGCUCCGGGGUGGCCAGCAGUCAGCAGGAUUCAUCUGGAGAGGAGUGACUGAUUGUAUGUGAUCCACGUCAAGUUGAGAUGUUCUCAGUGCACUUUUACUGACUUCUUGUAUAAAAAAAAAAAAGGGAGAGCAAAUUGGUUCAAAUGUGUAAAAUCUCAUCAGAAAGAUUGUAUUUAGGUAAUUUGUGUUUUCUGAUUUUUGUGUUGCGUUUUACCAGAUUUUGUAAUAUUACAUCUGCAAAGACGUGUGUUUAUGUAACCUGUACGAACAACGGUCUUGUUAUGGCACUGUACGAACCUAUUUCUUUCAAGGCUGUCCUCUUGGAGCUGUAUCUGCAUCUUUGCGACAGUUAGAAGGUAGUCACAUGUAUGAGAGUUCUUGAAAAUGUGAAAAAGUAACCCUGGGAAAUUAGUCACAUGACUGAGAUUAAACAUCCCAGGACCUCUCUGAAUGUCUUGCCCUGCCACCCCCUAAACCAUUCAAUCCCGCUCUCCCACACACACACACAAACACACACUUAAUGACAGGAAUUCUGUUUUUUCAGGCCAAAUAUAACAUUUUAAAAGUUGAGCGUUCAAGCCUGGAAACAGGAUCAUUCAUCAGGGUCAAAGCAGUAGGAGUUAAAGCUGGUGAAAUAUUUGUCUUCUUGAAAGUUCCAGCAGU